UCUUAUUAAUCUUAUACACAUUGUAUUCAAUCUUCUCUGGUAAGCACUCAUUGCUAUUUAACCAUUAUGCGGAUUUUCCAUGAAUACCUUGUUCUUCUCCUCAUAUGGUUGGUCUCUUUCAUCCUUUUCCGAACCAUCUUCAGCAAAACUCGAACUCACCGCCAUUUGCCUCCCAGUCCACGGGCCCUUCCCAUCAUCGGACAUCUUCACCUCCUUGGCCGAAUCCCUCACCAAGCUCUUCACAAGCUCUCAAUCCGACACGGACCCCUAAUUCACCUCUACUUUGGUUCCAAACCUUGUGUCGUCGUUUCUUCACCCGAAAUGGCCAGGGAGUGCCUAAAAACCCAUGAAAUGUCCUUCUUGAACCGGCCCAAAAUGACUAACGUAGACUACCUUACGUAUGGCUCAGCCGACUUUGUCAUGGCACCUUAUGGACCUUACUGGAAGUUUAUGAAAAAGCUUUGCAUGUCUGAGCUUCUUGGAGGCCGAAUACUAGACCAAAACCUACCUAUUAGGCAGGAAGAGAUAGAGCGAUUCUUACAUGUCAUGCUUAAAAAAGCCUAUAAGGGUGAACAAGUCGAUGUUGGCGGAGAGCUUGUACGGUUAACAAAUAACAUUAUCUCGCGGAUGGCUUUUAAUCGAAGGUGUUCGGUCGAUGAUGAAGAAGCGCACGAGGUGAGGGAAGUUCUGGAAGAGAUGUGUGAACUUGCCGGGAGGUUUAAUUUCUCGGAUAUGUUUUGGUUCUGCAAGAACUUGGACUUGCAAGGAUAUGCAAAAAGGCUUAAAAAUGUGCGUGACAGAUAUGACAAGAUUAUGGGAAGGAUUAUAGAGGAGCAUGAGGAAGCAAGAAGGAGGAAGAAGAAUAAUUCAUCGAAAGGUGGUAACGCAGUGAAUUUGCUUGAUAUUUUGCUUGAUAUAUAUGAAGACCAAAGCUCAGAGAUCCAAUUCACCAGGGAGAACAUAAAGGGUUUCAUCAUGAAUAUGUUUGGUGCUGGGACUGAUACAUCAUCAGUAACAAUAGAAUGGGCUCUUUCGGAGCUGAUCAAUCGCCCAAACGUGAUGGCCAGAGCAAGGGAGGAAAUUGAUUCUAUAGUUGGAACCAACAGAUUAGUAACAGAAUCUGAUAUCGCUAACCUUCCCUAUCUCCAAGCCAUAGUAAAAGAAACACUGAGGCUUCACCCGACAGGCCCAAUGAUCGCGAGAGAGAGCACUGAACAUUGCACUGUCAAUGGCUACGAUAUUCCGGCAAAUACCAGACUGUUUGUCAACGUCUGGGCCAUCAAUAGGGAUCCAAAGCACUGGGAGGAGCCGCUCGAGUUCAUGCCAGAGAGGUUUUGGAAGAGCACACUGGAUAUGAGAGGGCAGAACUUCCAGUUUCUUCCGUUUGGGAGUGGAAGAAGAAGCUGUCCUGGAACUAGUUUAGCUCUUCAGGUUGUUCAUGUAACACUUGCAGCUGUAAUUCAGUGCUUUGAUUGGAAGGUUGGGGAUGGAGCUUCUGGGAAUGAUGUUAGGGUCGAGAUGGAAGAAGGACCUGGGAUUUCACUUCCUAGGGCUAAACCUCUGGUUUGUGUUCCAUCGGUCAGGCUUCGCCUAUUUUCAUCGGUCUGAAUUUGUGAUGAUCGAUGUGUUGCUCUGUACGUCCAAGUGUACGUGCUAAUGCCUAUUUUAAUUUGUUCUUUGUCUUCAUUAAACGCGUACUGUUUCAUUGU